GAACUGUCACUGUAAGUGAGAGAGAAAUCCAGCUCUAGUCUCCGGCCUUCCGGUUCUUUUCCUCCUCCUUCCUCUCAUCACUUCUCCGUUUUAUUUGAUUUCCCGCUCUUAAUUCAAUCCUCUCUUUCACUUUCCUACCUGAAACCGAAUGCACUUAGCACUGGUUAUGCGCUAGCCGCCGGGGGCGGCGUAAAGCGGCGGAUGGGGAAGGCAGCGAGGUGGUUCCGAACGCUCUUAGGAGGAAAGAAAAAAUGGGGUUUUGUCAAGUCAUUCCGACAGAAAGAGAACAUACAUGAACAGAAAAAGGUUGAGGAACUUAAGAGUUCGUAUAGUGCCGUGGUAGUGGACGGAGAGGAGCAGAACAAACGCGCCAUCGCGGUUGCCGCGGCGACCGCCGCCGUGGCGGAGGCGGCGGUGGCUGCCGCUCAGGCCGCCGCGGCUGUGGUGCGUCUCACAAGCAGCAGCAGGUCGGUAGGAAUGAAGCGCGAAGAAAGGGCUGCCAUUAAGAUCCAGGCUGCUUUCCGUGGUUAUUUGGCAAGGAGAGCUCUGAAAGCGCUUAAAGGAUUGGUGAGACUUCAGGCUUUGGUUAGAGGCAACAUUGUGAGAAAGCAGGCAGCUGAGACUAUGCGGUGCAUGCAAGCUCUGGUUCGGGUUCAGGCCCGAGCUCGAGCUUGCCGGGCUCUUCGCACGGAGCCAAGCAGAUCCAGCAAGAGCUCCCGCUCUAAUCCUGGUCCUGCCACUCCUGAUAAGUAUGAGCCAUCGGUUCGACCGAAUUCCCCAAAUCCAAAUACGUCUGGAUCUCUCAAGAAGAAUUCUUCAAAGCAAACUGGAGGUAUGAAUUCUGUUAAUGGCGAAAUAGAUCAAUCAGCUAAUUGGAACUGGCUUGAUCAGUGGAUGGAAGAGCGAUACUGGGACUGCAUUGAAGCAUCCAAGGCCAUGGAUGAUGAGAAGAAUGCCAAGAUCUUGGAAGUUGACACAGGGAAACCGCAGUCCAAUUCAAAGCGUCUUGCUAGCCACAAUCAUCUUCAUUCCUCUUAUUCCAAUAUGAACUCUGAUCAUAUUGGAAGGAACUCAUCAACUGCGCAAGACUUGCUAUCGAAAGACUCGACCACGUCCCAAAUAUCUGUUCCUAGUCCUUCACCUGUCAACAGGCACCAGCCAAUGAGCCCAAUGCUUAGAUUCCCAGUUUUGGACUUGGGUGAAAGCCCUCAGUUCUACUCUGCAACUUCGCGACCGGCGAGCUUGAGGAGGGGACCUUUCACGCCUGCUAAGAGUGAGUGCUCAAGAAGCUUGUUCAACGGGUACACCGACUACCCGAACUACAUGGCGAACACUGAGUCGUCGAUGGCAAAAGUUCGUUCUUUGAGCGCUCCAAGGCAAAGGCCGGAGUACGAGAAAUCGAGUUCAAUAAGGAGGCUGUCAUCUCCAGGGACCGGCCAGAGAUCAUCAAUGGCGCCUACCAAGUAUGCAAAUAAGGCUUAUCCUGGCUCAGGAAGGCUGGAUAGAUUAGGUAGGCCUUUAAGGAUCUAAUUGAUUGAUAUCUAACAACUCUGCCUAGGAAAUAUGCAGUUUGAAUGUUUGGAGAAAUUAUUAAACUUGUCUUUUAUUUUGCUCGAUAUCAAUUCAUAUUGCUCUGUAUUGAAAAUUAUAUUUGUAUCAAUACAGAACAAUAUAGCACAAAAAAGAGCAAAAUUUUAUACCCUUUUCUAGCUUAAUAACUUCUUCAAUGUUUCAGAGCUCUUCUGAUUGGUCUUGCAGUGCUUAUUUUCUUUCAAAUCUUUGUCUGUUAGCUGUAGUUUUAUUCUAAUAAUGUAAUCUUAACAGUUUAAUGAACUUGUAAUAGUGAAUGAGCUUGAUUUUCUUCCAUGAUCUUGAUCUAUAAACUAUGGCCAUAUGCCAUGUUCUUCUGAA